UUGACCGCCCCCUAGCGCGGACAUAACAAAUCACACGUUAGUUUGUAGUUUCACUUUUCCUCCAUGGCUUGUAGUCUAAAAGUGUGACGAUCUUUGAAAGGUAGCGAGAACCACCGUGAAAGGUCAGUUUUUCUACACAGCAGUGAUUGUGUUUCUCCCAGCAGAUGGCAGAGCCGGGCAGGACUGUGAGGGUAAGUGGUCUGCCCACAGACAUUGAGGAUGACAGGCUGAAAGACAAGCUAUAUAUCCACUUCCUGAGAGCCAGGAAUGGAGGAGGGGAAAUAAACUCUGUCACCAUUGUCAAGGCAACACCCGUCUCUGCCCUCAUCACCUUCGAGGACAGCGCAGUGGCACAGAAAGUUAUUCAACACAGCCUGCACAUUCUGCAAGUGGAUGAGAAAAGGUAUAGAGUCAUUGUAACUGAGCACCGUGAAAGCCUGGACCCAGACAAGGUAAUUUUAAGUCUAUCGGCAACUGUCGCCCACAGCCAGCUCCCUGGGGGAAUGAUGGCACUGACAAGGCUUCAUAAGAGCCACCCUGAUAUCCAGAUAAACUACAACGCUACUGAGGAACUGUGCACAUUGCAUGGGGCCUAUUCCAAAGUCCAGGCGGCUUUGGCACAAUUAUUCGGCCAUCCUGAAGGUCCACAAUCAGCAGAAAACAAGGAAUCAGGUCAACCUUCCACCAGUGGCUCCAGGUCCGUUAAGAUAGCACAGAAGCCUCAUACUCUGGAGUCUGAGGAUCAGAGCAGGAAACCUAAUAAGCAAAGAAAUCCACGACAGAAAGUUCACAUUGGCGGACCUUCUGAUGAGAACAACUCCAGCUCACAUAGAGACCUGGCACCUUAUGGUUGGGAAGAUCCUGGCCAGACAGAGGGUGCAGCUCUGCAGCUUCCUGGGCCUUCUACCACGCCAGAGGAGGACCUCACUCUAAUUGUGGAUGCAGACAUGUUCCAGUAUCUGCAGAAACACUGCCGGACGGAAUACCAGCAAAUCCUUAGUCAGUAUGGGGUUGAUGUGGUGGAUAUGACAAAUCAGGGGUUGACUACUCUGUUUUUGCAGGUUGCAACAGGAAUGGGGGAGGGUGGUCGAGAUCAAGAGGGCCUGAAGUUGGCAAGAAAGGCACUAAGUAGGCUUUACCAAGAGAAUGAGACCAAGAUCCGUCGAGACAAGCUCUCGAAGAGCAUCCUGUCCCUCAGGGGCGGACUGCAAAGGGCGAUGGAGAACUUAAGUAUCAGAUUUCCCAAGCUUCUUCUGAAUGAAGAUGACCGAAAUAUUUACAUUAUUGGGAGCAGUAGUGACGUGUCUGAGGCCAAGCAGUUUCUUCUUCUAGACCCCAGCGAAAUGAAGGGUAAGACAGAGGAUGUAGCCAGUCUUCUAGCCAGAUAUCCUCCAUACGAUUCAGGUUUAUCAACUCAUGCUGAUGGCGAGAGUGUCCCCCUCACCAUGUCCUCCACUUUAGAUUCUUUGGAUGACAGGGUAGAUCAGCUGCUGGGCAGGUCAGAGGAAGAUGAGAGGAUCGCUGAAGGAGCCAGAAAGUAUAAACUAGCUGCUCGGUUUAAGGAUUUAGGGCCUGCUGCGUUAGGCAGCCGACCAACUGACUUCACCUUACGAGGGCUCUCGUCUCCCAGUAGACAAACACGCCUUGGGCCAAUGUUAGGGCGUGAUGUGUUUUCAGAAACAGCAGGGACCGCUGACGAAAGUGUCACCAGAGCAUUAUCCCAAAACACUGGAGGGGACAUAUUGUUUAAGAGUGGAGAUGCUUCCCCUUCAUUUGCUUCUAUGCAAAAUAAAACCUCCUCUGACUCACAUUUAAUUGAUACUCGACCCAAGAGUUUAACAUCCCCCCUUAGCACAGCUCAGUCCAGUUUGUCAGGACGUAGCCCACUUCCACCUGUUGAGUCUGGAUCCACCUUGAAGCGAGCCAGUAGUUUCUCAGGAACGCCUCUGCAGAAGGCCAAAGUUAUGAGUCAGAGGAGUCAAGACGACUCCGGCAAGUCCACAGUCGGAGCCAGGGGCAGGUCCUCUAGCUACAGUAACCAAACAGGGAGGGACAAGCGGGACGUCUAUAAUGCUAAGAUCACAGUUUCCAGUGUGAUGUGGAAGCACAUAAAAGAAGCCUUCAGCACCCGAGUGGACGACCUGACCUCUGAUGUCCAGGUAAAAGAGAGCAGCUCAGAUGGUAGCGGUGAUGUGACUGUCACCUUCAGAGGGGCAAACAUAUCCAAAGUGAGUUCAUGUCAGCUUGGUUUACAGAAGCUGGUUGAUUCAGUUAGUGUAGACUUCUCUGUGCAGGAGCUGUGCUUGUCAGAGCUGGGUAUUAAUGACCCAUUAGAUGAAACUUUACAGGCAUGUUAUGCUGAGGUACGUAGCCGCUUCAGGAAGCUUACCAUGCAAAUUUUAAAGAAGAGCCUAUUUCUUCUUGGUCCAAGGGAGUUGUGUUCUCAGGUAAGUGCUUCACUGCGGGAGGUAUUUUCUGGAAAUUCAGCCCAAAUACCUGAACAACAGGACUUCUCUGGCCCUUCUACUUCACAAUGGAAUCCAUCCACAUUUUUACAAAUGAAUGAGGACCAAAGUACUAGUCUGCGCGGUUCCAGUAAUCCUCAGGUGAUGCUAGAGAGCCAAACAAGCAAAGCUGAUCGGAUUGAUAAUUAUCAGGAAAGGAUAACAAACCAGAAUGGUGACUUUUGUGAGACAGAGCUUGUGAAUGGAUCUGUUAGCCAAUCGUUAGUGAGGAAAGACCCUGUCAUUAAAGAGAAGGUGAAAUUCUUAGGUACGGUGGAGAUGGAUGGACACUCUAAAACAGGAAAUGAUAGGAGUGUGAGAACAACAACAACAACCCCUAGUGAUAAAGGCCUCGCCCAUCCUAAGAAAGAGAGAACUGUACAUUCUGCCCAAAAGGACAGCGUGCAGCAAAGACAAGCGCAGUACUCCGACCCCCCAGAGGAAUCAACAUCAGGCCUGGGAGGCCGUGGGUGCCUCUGUGUGUGUGGGGAGAGUGAGAUGUUGAUGAAAACUAAGUGUGGUGCACCCAUGUGCUCAAAGUGCCUGGACACUGUACAUUUCCACUGCAGAGUUUGUCAUGAGAAAGAGCCCAUGGCACCCGGCAUCCAGGGCAAAAUGAGCUACUCUAAACUACACAUCAGCGUACCAGGUUACAAGAAAGACUCUGCGAUCAAGAUCACUUACUGCAUUCCUGAUGGUAUCCAAGGGGAGGAUCACCCUUCUCCAGGCAAGCCAUUCCAAGGAGGGGUGUUUGAAGCCUUUCUUCCAGACUGCGAGACGACAAAGAAGCUGGUGCCCAGGCUGGAGGAAGCAUUCAAACAGGGACUCACCUUCACUGUGAUGGACAAAAACACAGGGGCCAAUGUCACUUGGGACUGCAUCCCCCACAAGACCACCCUACUUGGAGGCAAAUCAGGGAACGGUUACCCAGAUUCCACUUACUUGACACGCUUGUCUGAGGUCUUGACCUCCAAGGGGAUCGAGGAGCUACCAGUCAAGUCUUAAAAUUAAAAGCAAAAUGAGGAGUUCUUAUG